GGAAUUAUCCAUCAGCUCACAGGGCAGGAGAAGGUCCUGUUUCAAAUCGCUCUUCAGGAAACAGAAGAUGAAAAGCACACAAAAGCAUUAUCCAGUGAAAUAUGUCAACAUGAAACAUAAGAAGGACGAAGGGUGGAGGUGACAGCAGACAGUGUGUGUGGAGAAGGAAAUUAAACAGAAAUGUUCAAGGUUAUAAACACGAGGAAUGCAACAGUAGUUACAUAACACCUGCCAGAAAAAUCUCAUCACAGCUACAGUUCUGAUUUGUAAUUUCACUCCAAAAGACAGGAUGAACAAAAAAACUGAAUUAUGAGACAUUUGGAGGAAUUUCUUUACAACUGUAAGAGUGACUUUUUAACUUGGAGCAGAAAUUAAGCAGCAUUCCCGUGGACCAAGAGACAGAUGUCUCUUUUCAGGACUUGUGUUUUUCUUCCUAUCCUCCUUUGUUACUGUUCUAUGGAUUUCACCUUAAACUAAAGUUAUGGGCAUAUGUCCAUCCUUGUCCAAGAUCAUGCGGAAGGGGAAGUGUCUGCUUCUUCUGGUGUUGUGUCUUUGCAUUUUAGCAUGGUUUGCAGCAUUCUUGAAUGAUGAUACUGUAAAGGAGCGACCAAGUCCUUUUGAGGUGAAGAGUGGGGAGGAGUUACCAAGGAUAGAUAUUGAAUCCGAAAUGAUGCGGAGCAUAGAGGAGCAUGUAGAGGAACAGCCCUCCAAACAGAGCUGCCCGGAGCAUUCGCCCCUGCUUCGUGGCACACUCAAGCUGUCAUUUGGUCCCUCGCUGACGUUCAAACAGGUAGAGGAUGAGAACGCUGAGGUCAUAGAAGGUCAGUAUAACCCCUCAGACUGCACGGCCAGACAGAGUGUGGCCAUCCUGAUUCCUCACAGGAACAGAGAGAAGCACCUGAUGUACCUUCUCUACCACUUGCUCCCAUUCUUACAGAGGCAGCAGCUUCACUACGCCAUCUACGUCAUUCACCAGGCUGGAGAAGCUACAUUUAACAGGGCAAAGUUAUUAAAUGUUGGUUACCUGGAGGCUCUUAAAGACCAAAGCUGGGACUGUUUCAUCUUCCAUGAUGUUGAUCUAGUUCCAGAAAAUGAUAAAAACUUAUACAUGUGCGAGGAGCAACCCAAGCACUUGGUAGUGGGCAGGAAUUCCACUGGAUAUAAGCUCAGAUAUAAAGGUUACUUUGGGGGAGUUUCUGCCAUGACGAAGGACCAGUUUCACAGGGUGAAUGGCUUUCCUAACACCUACUGGGGCUGGGGUGGAGAGGAUGAUGACCUGAGAAUAAGGGUGCAGCUGCAGAAAAUGACAAUAGUGCGACCAUCCCUGGAGGUAGCACGCUACACCAUGAUCUUCCACAAGAGGGACAGUGGCAAUCAAGUCAAUAAGGACAGGAUGCAUCUUUUACGGCGAACUCCUCAGACAUGGCAGAAGGAUGGUUUAAAUUCCUGUUCCUACAAGGUUCUGUCUGUCCAUAGAGCACCACUCUACAUCAACGUCACUGUGGACAUUGGGCAACCUGAGCAUACUCAGUGAGCCAUGCGCCCAGUCUUUGGGUUAUUGACAUUGAAGAGAGUUUGUAUUGAAACCAGUGCUGGGAGUCCUUGCAGGUUGUAUGAAGGAUCUCUUCUACUAAAACUCUCAUUUACAACUCUACUCUUUAAGGACAUAACUGGAUAAUUUCAGUCCAUAUCGGAAUCACCACUUCUUCAAGUAUUACAAUAAUAAUAAUAAAUAAAUAAUUGUAUGAGGUGGAUGAGAUGCAUUUUAUGAUGAAAUAUAAACUCACUGAAGUUUGGAUCAAUUAAAGGUGCUGUAUGUAAGAUUGGCAACAAGCGUUUGAAAUGGGUACUGCAGUCCAAAUUUGAAAUAUUGGAGAGUUGUCUGCCCCGCCCCAGAACGGAAGCUCAUGCAGGUUGUCAGAAUGCUGACAUGCAAAUUAGCUGUCUCCGUACUCCGUAGCUGUCGAAAUACUAUUGGUGAGUGGGCAGUGGGUUGGAUCACACGGGCCAAAACUUUAACAGAAAUUCCGGCCCGUAAUGGAAACUUCAAAGUAGAAUAUACUGGCUAUAGCAUUGUUAUCGGAGAAGUCAUUAUUUCAACAUAGCAUGUUUCCUAUUUCUCUAAUGACAUAUUAUGGACAUUUUAUGAUUUAAUACAGUUAAAAUAUUACAUAUAGCACCUUUAAUAUAGUUAAGUAAUUAGGUCUAAAGGCAUUUCAGGUCAUCAUGUUACAGGUAGCACAAUGUUUUGAGAGAUUGGUAAAAAGUUAACAAAUGAACUCAACAUGUUAAGUUGAGUGAUAUUUUAUAGACUUCUAUAUUAAUAUAGAUAUAUACAGGCAGUGUGGGUUUAUUCAUGUCACACCAAUAAGUGUUUUCUAUGAAGUCUGUGUUUAUCUGACUAUUCUAAGGUGUUCAUUUAGCCAAUGAUUCAGUAUCUGGUAGAUAAGUAGUUAUUUUAGGUGAUUGAAUCAGAGGGAUAUGGUUUUAAUCAGAUGAGUUUCAUUUCAAUGAAAUGUUCAAUUAGGUAGAAGGGUUUGUUAUUUCAGCUUUAGGUUGAACAGCUGACCGCUCAUAAAAUUGGAUGGGGUUACUUGCUGUAUGAUCAAAGUAAAGAGAUGUGUUCCUUUCAUGUUCAUUUCAAAACCUUUCAGUUUUAUACAUUUAUGAACCCUGCAAUGUGAAGUGGCACAAGUUUAGAGCUUGAAGAUGGCGUUUUGAAAGUUUAGAGGUACUGAUGACAUUUUAUUUCAAGGCUACAUUCAUUUAUAGAGUCAUUUAAUUAAAAUGCAUCAUUAAAAAUACCCUACAAGUUCCAACUAUUUGUUCUGUGCAUUGUGGUCUUGUGCAACUAUAUUUGACACUUUCUAACUCAACACCUCAAGCUUUCUGUGACUGUCAUGGUCAAGGAGACAUUCAGAGGUUGUGUGUACUGUUUUUGUUAUCUAUAAUACAAUACAAUAUCUGUCAUAUAAUUUGAGAUUUACAGCAUUCAUUCCAGAAGCUGAAUUUCAACACAAUAUAAAAUGUCAUGUGGGCCCUUUCUAAAGCAUUUUCUCUAUUUACAAAAAUGAUAUUGUUGACUGCUUUUGUCAAGUGCAACCAUUACUAAUGUUAUUGUAAGGAAACGUAUCAAAAAACAUUUGUGUUUAAUUUAUGGGAAAUGUUGUACUGUUUUUUGGAAAAUUCCAACCCAUUUAGUUGAACCUGUGUUUGGGCUGUUAAAAUAAGGGUUUUACUGUGUUAAUGGAAUAAAGAUUCAACGAAUCAUAUUUUUUGAACACUAAUAUGUUGUGCCAUGAUGAUUUGAAUGUAUCAUAUGAUUUAAGUAUAUUUACUACUCACAUUUUUAGCUGGGUUGAUCACUUGUAUAUCCCUUUUAUUCAAAUUAAUUUAUUAAAGAAGGGAG